GCUACGGAAGGCGGUGAUGGAUCAUAUAUCUGAUUCAUUCCUGGAGACCAAUGUCCCAUUACUGGUUCUAAUUGAGGCUGCAAAGAGUGGUAACGAGAAGGAAGUGAAGGAAUAUGCUCAAGUUUUCCGUGAACACGCCAACAAGUUAGUUGAGGUUGCCAAUCUAGCCUGUUCUAUCUCCAAUAAUGAAGAAGGCGUGAAGUUAGUCCGUAUGGCAGCAACCCAGAUUGAUAGUCUAUGCCCACAGGUCAUAAAUGCGGCACUCACGCUGGCUGCCAGACCCCAGAGCAAAGUUGCCCAGGACAAUAUGGACGUCUUUAAAGAUCAGUGGGAGAAACAAGUGAGAGUUCUCACCGAGGCAGUUGAUGACAUCACAUCCGUGGAUGAUUUUCUCUCCGUCUCAGAAAACCAUAUUCUGGAGGAUGUGAAUAAAUGUGUGAUUGCCCUUCAAGAGGGGGAUGUAGAUACACUGGACAGAACUGCAGGUGCAAUCCGUGGCCGUGCAGCCAGAGUCAUUCACAUAAUCAAUGCAGAGAUGGAAAACUAUGAAGCUGGAGUUUAUACCGAGAAGGUAUUGGAAGCUACAAAAUUACUCUCAGAAACCGUUAUGCCACGUUUUGCUGAACAAGUUGAGGUUGCCAUUGAAGCUUUGAGUGCGAAUGUCCCACAGCCAUUUGAAGAGAAUGAAUUCAUAGAUGCCUCCCGCUUGGUUUAUGAUGGAGUUCGCGACAUCAGGAAAGCUGUUCUGAUGAUAAGGACCCCUGAAGAGUUAGAGGAUGAUUCAGACUUUGAACAAGAAGAUUAUGAUGUUCGCAGCCGAACGAGUGUGCAGACUGAAGAUGACCAGCUUAUUGCUGGGCAGAGCGCAAGGGCUAUCAUGGCUCAACUGCCCCAGGAAGAGAAGGCAAAGAUUGCGGAGCAGGUAGAGAUAUUCCACCAAGAAAAAAGCAAACUGGAUGCUGAGGUGGCCAAAUGGGAUGACAGUGGUAAUGACAUCAUUGUGUUGGCAAAGCAGAUGUGCAUGAUUAUGAUGGAGAUGACAGAUUUUACUAGAGGGAAGGGGCCAUUGAAGAAUACAUCCGAUGUCAUUAAUGCUGCCAAGAAGAUUGCAGAAGCAGGCUCCAGAAUGGACAAAUUGGCACGAGCAGUAGCUGACCAGUGUCCUGAUUCAGCCUGCAAGCAGGAUCUGUUAGCAUAUCUGCAGCGCAUUGCCCUGUAUUGCCACCAGCUCAAUAUCUGCAGUAAGGUGAAGGCAGAAGUGCAAAAUCUUGGAGGAGAACUUAUUGUUUCAGGGACUGGAGUUCAGAGCACUUUCACUACCUUUUAUGAGGUAGAAUGUGAUGUCAUAGAUGGGGGCAGGGCUAGUCAACUUUCUACCCACCUACCCACCUGUGCUGAGGGAGCUACGCUUGGGAACGGAAGCGGUGACUCUUCCACGCUGGACAGCGCUACAUCCCUCAUCCAGGCAGCUAAAAAUCUGAUGAACGCUGUAGUUCUUACUGUGAAAGCAUCAUAUGUGGCUUCGACAAAAUACCAGAAGGUCUAUGGUACAGCUGCAGUGAACUCACCUGUUGUAUCUUGGAAGAUGAAGGCCCCUGAAAAGAAGCCGUUAGUAAAGAGGGAAAAGCCAGAAGAAUAUCAGACACGUGUGAGAAGAGGAUCCCAGAAGAAACACAUUUCUCCAGUACAGGCAUUAAGUGAAUUUAAAGCUAUGGAUUCCUUCUAAAACACUAGGCUUUCCCAGAAAGGUUUUAUAUUCCUUUUUGUAUGCAUACCUGCCGACUUGUAUGCGUCUGGCAUGGGGGAAAAAACAUAAUGAAGCAGUGUCAAUUUGCAUGCAACCUGAGACUCUAUUGAAGUAAUUAACAAUCUGCAACCCACAAACGCAGAAGAAUCUAUUCUGAUGUUACAUGGAGUUAGCCCAAGCUUACUUUUUAAAAAAAACUAUAGCAUACAAUUGGCCAAAAAACUUGCCCCACAAGUGUGGGGGUAAAUAGUAAACUGAAAAGCAAAAUUUUAUGCAUGCAAGAAAUAUUAAGUUGGCAGGUCUAUUUAAAUGAAAAAACCUGGAAGUGUCAUGGUAGACCAUAAAGCUCAUAUUGCUUCUGUUACAGUGCAAAAAUGUACUAGCCAAUAUGCUUGAAUGUGCGCCCCAAUAAUUAAACAAUUUAACUUUUAAGUCAUCUUGAUCAUAGUAUGUGGGUUUUGAACAAAGAUAAAAAUUAAUCCAUUUUAAAAAGGCUUCUUUUAAUCCAUAUUUUAUCCUUUCUAUUCUAGUAGUGGUUAUGACUAUGCUCAUGUUUCAAUUAAUCCCAUUAAUAUUGAAAAAGUUUUACUUUUUUUGCCAAUUGAAUUCCUUAUGGUGAAGUAUGAAGCACAAUAUGGUGAUUGACAUUGCCUUUUAUAUCAUUAUUAUUAUUAAAAUAUUAUUAUUGUUAGAAAUAGAAGACAUGGUGGUGGAAUGCUUAGAGACACGGAGAUUGAUUAUGUGAGAAUUUAAAGGCAAAUAUGUAGGUGUAGCUUGGAUUACAGGUAUCUGAUAUACCAUUGUAACCACUGAAUCUCAAUAAACUCAUUUAACCUUGGAAUCCUGA